GCCGGCGGGCUGCGGCUGAGCGCCCGGGGCCCGCCUGCAGGCUCGGGAGGGACGGGCGGCGGCGGAGCGCCCACGAUGAGCCUCCCGCAGGAGGACGGCGUGGGCAGCCUGUGCCAGAAGGCGCUGCGCAUCGUCACCGAGCUGUGCUUCGCGGGCCGCGUGGAGCGCGAGACGUGCGCGGGCAUCUUCCCCGCGGAGCGCGGCGGCCAGGGCGGCGGCAGCACCGAUAUUUCGGUCAGCUUGUUAGCAGUCGUUGUCAGCUUCUGUGGUCUGGCCCUGUUGGUUGUCUCACUUUUUGUCUUCUGGAAGCUGUGCUGGCCUUACUGGAGAAGCAAACCCGUGACUUCCAACGUCAGUGCCCUUCCACAGAGCGUGUCAAAUGCUCCUACUGAAGUUUUUGAGACUGAAGAGAAAAAAGAAAUUAAAGAAAAUGGAAAGCCAGCACUCAAAGCUAUCGAGCCUGCAAUAAAAAUCAGCCACACUUCCCCUGAUAUCCCAGCAGAAGUCCAAACCGCUUUAAAAGAACAUUUGAUUAAACAUGCACGUGUGCAGAGACAAACUACUGAGCCUACGUCUUCAUCCCGCCACAAUUCCUUCCGAAGACACCUACCAAGGCAAAUGCAGGUUUCCAGUGUUGAUUUUAGCAUGGGCACAGAACCUGUUUUACAAAGAGGAGAAACCACCACCAGCAUUGGGAGGAUAAAGCCAGAGCUCUACAAACAGAGAUCCGUUGACUCUGACGGCAACAUGAAAGAAGAUGUCAAAACCUGUGGGAAACUUAACUUUACCCUCCAGUAUGAUUAUGAAAAUGAACUCCUCGUUGUGAAAAUGAUCAAAGCCUUAGACCUCCCUGCUAAAGACUUCACAGGAACUUCUGACCCUUACGUGAAGAUGUAUCUUCUUCCAGAUAGGAAAAAGAAGUUCCAGACCCGCGUGCACAGAAAGACUUUAAAUCCUGUGUUUGAUGAAACAUUUCAAUUUCCUGUAGCAUAUGAUCAACUAAGCAACAGAAAACUACAUUUCAGUGUUUAUGAUUUUGACAGAUUUUCUAGACAUGACAUGAUUGGGGAAGUGAUUCUCGAUAAUCUAUUUGAAGUCUCUGAUCUCUCCAGGGAAGCCACAGUAUGGAAAGAUAUUCACUGUGCUACCACAGAAAGUAUAGACCUCGGUGAAAUCAUGUUUUCCCUGUGUUAUUUGCCAACUGCUGGACGCAUGACAUUGACAGUCAUCAAGUGCAGAAAUCUGAAGGCCAUGGACAUCACUGGCUCAUCAGAACAUGAGCAGAAAAUAGGAAUGUUGUUUGCAUGCUGUGGUGCUGGCGCAGCAGCAAAUCAGAUGCCAUGGGUAGGACACAAUGAGGUCAUCGGGAUUUGUAGAACAGGACUGGACGCUGAGGGUCUCGGGCGAGACCACUGGAACGAAAUGCUGGCCUAUCACCGAAAACCAAUCACUCAUUGGCACCCCUUGCUGGAGUUACCUGGCCGGGCAACCAGUUUUGAUAGUCAAGGAUCCUGUCCAUCUCCCAAACCGCCUUCCACACCAUAAUGCCUCCAAAAUAAAACCAUCCUGCGAAGGACACAGAAUCACAUUCUCGUCAAAUCAGAGAAAAAAGAAGUGGAGGUGUGAUUUCCUCACUUCAAA